AUAUGAUCUCAGAAUCGCCAAGAUCCCGACAUCUCUGGUAUUGAGUCGAGUCGCGGCACCGAUGGAGAAGGGCGCCAAGGUUUACUUCCACUACAACCACACCGACGCUUGUCGCGUCUCCAGAUGGACCACCAGGGAGAGUUUCCAAUAUCUGUACGCACGGCCGUGGCAGAAAGUGGUGGAUUUCUAUGCGGAUUUGGUUUGCAGCGGGAAUGGGCCUUCCUCGUUGCGUAGCUUGUUUCCCUCCGAGGACCAUAGUGCAGGUGUUACUAUGGAGACGCCUUGUGGCUGUGAGGAAACAGAGACAUCAACUGAACCCAGUAAGCAUCGGACAGGAAGGUGGAAAAGAUUAACAUUUAAGAUUGUUUUGUCAUAUCAUGGUGGAACUUUCGAUGGGUGGCAAAAGCAGCCUGGUUUGCACACUGUUCAAGGAAUAGUCGAACAUUUUCUUGGAAGAUUUGUUGAUGAGAAUAAAGCUAAGCAACUAAAAGAGAAGUCCAUGCCUGUUGAAGGCUGUGCUGUUGUUGCUGGACGCACUGACAAGGGGGUGACUGCUCUGCAGCAAGUUUGUUCAUUUUAUACCUGGAGGAAGGAUGUUAAAUGUGAAGACAUAAAGGACACCAUCAAUGAAGCAGUUCCGGGGAAGCUCAGAGCUUUGCAUGUGGCUGAGGUUGGACGUGUAUUUCAUCCCAAUUUUGCAGCCAAAUGGAGGCGAUACUUUUACAUUCUUCCCCUUAAUGAUAAUGAAGAAUCAAUCAUAAGUAGUUCUGAAAGUGACUGGACAAGGACUUCUGAUGGAGAGGAGGAUGACCAGAUUAAUAGACUGCCGGAGGGUGAUGAGAAAGAGCAGCAACAAACUUUUUCCCAUGUGAAUGAAGAUGAUAGCCCAGAUAUUGUUGGACUGAAACGAAGAAGCUUUAGUGUAAGCAAGGUGGAUCAACUCCUAAGAGAGUUAGAAGGGAAGACACUGUCAUACAAAAUGUUUGCACGUGAUACAAAAGCUUCAAGAAGCAUUGGACCACCAACAGAGUGUUUUAUGUUUCAUGCUCGAGCUGCAGAAACUAAAUUGCCCAGUGACACUGAGGACUAUGCAUAUCUUCAAAGGGUGAUGUGUGUGGAGCUUGUUGCGAAUCGCUUCUUAAGGAAGAUGGUCCGAGUUCUGGUGGCAACUGCCAUCAGAGAGGCAGCAGCAGGCGCAGAUGAUGAUGCUCUAAUUAAGCUGAUGGAUGCCACAUGCAGGCGUGCCACAGCCCCUCCUGCUCCUCCUGACGGCCUUUGCCUUGUUAACGUCGGAUAUGAAGAAUUCAAACAAGAAUUUUGUUUCAUUAGAUGAGCUUGGUGAAGUCUGAUCUGGCUUCUCUAAAUGGUUUUGCUGUUGCCUAACCUGACCUGCUCACAUACCUUCCAGAAGACAAAGGUACAGAGAACUCUGAUUGUGAUCAAAGUUUUCACUUCCAUUUAGAUUGCCAACACUUCUUACACAAGCCUUUUUUUGGUUUGAGCUGUUAAUCUUUUUCUUUUAAUAUUUUAUCUGUAAACUACAUGUUGAAUUAAGAAUGUUAAGUUGAUGUAAAAUGUCAGGAAUUUUGUUUGA